UCCUCACAGCAUGAAGAUGCUGAAGAAUAACGUACACACAGUUGAGUGUGAGCUGAAGGCAGGAGCAGUGGGAGUUCGAGGAGGAGGUCUGAAGCACAAAUACACCGUCCUGCAGUUCCACUUCCACUGGGGUGGAGAGGACCUGGUGAAUCAUCCGGGAUCUGAGCACUCUCUGAACGGACACAAAUCACCUCUAGAAAUGCACAUUGUCAGCCGGAGAAGUGAUCUUAAAGACAGCACCGCAGCAAAAGUUCAAGAUGGCUUUGCUAUGAUGGGCUUCAUCAGUCGCAUUUACAGGGUUCAUCCCCUAGAGACUGAAACUUAA